AUGUUCUCCUUCAGCAUUGGCUCGCCUGACACAACUCCAAACACCUUCCGCACUCGCCUCAAGACUUUCCUGGAAAACACAACUGUUCACUGCUACCGUUACCUCGUCGAAGAUCACCGUUCAAAAUGGGAAAUCUUCUUGUGGAUUAUCGUCCAUGCCAUUUUCGCCUUUUGCUCCGUUACGAUAGUGAUAAACUCGUGGAUUGGUUUCACGGAGAAUCCGUUAAUGACGAAAUUGCAUACUACCUUGUAUCCCAGUUCAAAAGUCGCUUUUCCUGGUAUCGCCAUUUGCAAUGUGAAUCGGAUUUCGAGACGUGCUGCUGUGAGAUUUGCGGAAGAGUUGCGGGCAAAGGAUAAACAUCCAGAGAUGAAACGCGAUACACAGUUCUAUUUGAAACAGAUAAAAUUACUGGCAUCGAUGUAUACUUACGAUUAUGUCAACGAGAUUGAUUUGAUAGAAUUCCAGAGGAUCUUAGAUGAGGUUUAUGAAGAGUCAGAACUCACCUUAAUGAAUGACAUUAUGAACCGCUUGACGCCACGAUGUGAAGACAUGCUGCUGCGAUGUUUCUGGCAAAGUAAGGAAGUGAAAUGUAUCGGAGGUCCCUUUGCACUUUUCGAAAGUCGUCGCACGGAAUAUGGGAUUUGCUGUUCGUUUAACUACAUCAUCAAGCCGAAUAACGUGGUAGGCAAUUCUCGUAAAGCAACGUUUACUGGACCGGAAAUGGGCCUGUUUGUACUGGUUCAUGGCCAACCAGAGGAUUAUUUCUAUCAAAUGGCAUCUACCAGAGGAUUUAUAGUACUUGUCCAUAACGCCUUUGACUUUCCAGAUAUCCCCAGUGGAAAUGUCAAUCAAGUUCACGUGAGGCUAGGAAAGGAAACUCACAUCCGAGUAGAUUCGCAUUACAUUUUUCCUGAUGAGUUUAUCGAAAACUACAAACCAGCUACAAGGAAAUGUAUUUUUCCGAAAGAGAUGGGAACAAAAUAUGGAGGCACCUAUGCCAAAAGUCAAUGUAUCUCCUAUUGCCGAAUCCAGAGCAUCUUGGCGUUAUGUGAUUGUGUUCCCUUUUCCCUUCCAGCUGACCUCUUCUAUAACAAAACGGAUUCCUUGCAAAUUUGUAACUUGAACCACGUUCCUUGUCUCAACCGGUACCGCAUAAAAUGGCUGACAAUUUCAACGGAAACUCUUUAUGUGAAAGGUCUCGAGCGGGAAAGGGAAGAAUCCUUGCUUUGUGAAGAUUGUUUGCCUUGCUGCUUUGACAAUAAAUAUCGAGCCACGUACAGUUCCCUGCCUCUGCAUGUCUCGAAACGUAAAGGAACUCACAUUAUGGAGUCCGUAAAAAAUGUUUCACAAACCGCUUUGAUUCGUGUCUUUUUCGGCUCGCCUAAUACCUGGGCCUACAUGCAAACCGUUCAAAUGACUUGGUUCGAAAUCAUCAGCAAUUUUGGGGGAAUCUUCGGUGUCCUCUUGGGAUUCUCGAUGCUAUCACUCAUCGAAAUCAUCUACUUUGUCGUACGGGAAAUUUACUAUUGGCUCGUCGAAAAAUGGCAUCAUCACAGAUUACACGAGACCAUAACGGAGCAUGGGGGCAUGGUAAUUGUGCCGUAG